CUACUGAGCUUUGCUUUUCUGCCCACAAAAAACAAAGAAAGUCUUGAAAAACAUCAACAAAAUGAAGAGCUCACUGCUGCUGCUACUCUCCUUCCUUCUCCUUUCCUCCCUCCCAAACCUUCUAAUGGCUGAUAAUCCUGAGCCCUUGUACGACUCCUCCGGCGAUAAGGUUCUACCGGGUAAGAACUAUUUCAUUGUUUCUGCGAUUCGGGGUGCUGGUGGCGGCGGCCUUUCUCUAAUUCCCGGUAAAAAUGAAAAAUGUCUUCGCGAUGUCGUCCAGUUGCGUUCAGACUUGCAAAGGGGUCUCUCGUUAUACUUUCAACCGCUUAACGGUACCACCACAGAUUAUAUCUACGAAUCCACUGUUCUCAACAUCGUAUUCACCACCUUCCCAGAAAUCAAACUCUGUACUGCACCAAGAGCGUGGAAGGUUGAUGCUUUCGAUCCAUCAACAGGACAGUGGUUCAUAACAACUACCGGCGACAUACGAAAGCCUGGACCUCUAACAGCGCUCAACUGGUUCAAGGUUGAGAAAUUAUCAGUCUUUGACGGUGUAUACAAGAUCAACUACUGUCCUUUAUCCGUGGGAUUGUGCAAGGAUGUUGGGAUUUAUCACACAGAAGGGGCCCGCCGUCUUGCUCUGAGUGAGACUCCAUUCAUCUUUGUUAUUAUUAAGGCUGAAAGUGUACUCAAGGAGGCAAGGAUUGCCAGUGUGAUUUAAUGCCCAUAGUUAAUCUUACAAUGUUUAUCCGAGUCUUCUUGUUGUUGUUGGAAAUAAAUUAUAAGGAUACUAGUUUGAGAUCCUUGUAAUGUAUAAAUUUAAUAUCGUGCUCAAUAAAUGGACUUGGUAUGUUUGCUUCCAA